CUCUCUUUCCACUCCACAUACCUUAUAGGUGUGCUAAAAACAGUAGGAAUAUAAACACAGGACUUAUCAGAAAAUAUUAACAAGUGGUUUGGUAAAGAUUAGAGUAACAGACAGUAGAGGGCAGCAUCACGCCGUUGUUGCGUCAAGCUUGCAAAACCCGAAGAAGAAGAUAGUAGGUAGCACAUCAACAACAGCAGAAUGGUUGUUUAACAGAGGAAAGUAAAGAACAGCUCCUGUUUGAUGAUCUUCCGUGGCACCUUUUUAAGACUGUACACCAAGAUGUGCAAUGAUGCCCUCCACAGUCCAAAGAUGGAAGAAGAGUUUGAAGUUCUUUAUCAAAGUUCUCAUCCUUCUUUAUCACAGUCCAGUGCUCCAAAGUAAGUGGAGCUAAUGAUCUCCACUGCAGAAAUGAACGCUGUAGCUGGGGAGGAGAGUUCAGAUGCGCCAGUGGCUUUAGCAGCAGGAGGGGAACCACCUGGCAUCUUGAUGCACCGACAGACAUCAAAUCCAGUUUGGCCUUUGUUGGAGGAAGCUGUCAAAAUGAAAAUGGAAGGAAACGCUUUCUAUAGGGAGAAGAACAUUCGCUCAGCCAUCGGCCGAUAUCACCGCGCUCUCCUGAUCCUCCGAGGCCUCGACUCUGAAGUAAUGACGUCAUUGAAACAGUUUGGAAACGGGAUGCCUGCUCUCACAGCAGAACAGGAGGCUUCACUGAGGAGCACACAAGUGGACUGUUACAACAACUUAGCUGCCUGUCUGUUGCAGAAAGAGAGUGUUAACUAUGCACGUGUGCAGGAGUACAGCUUGCGGGUGCUGCAUUUGCGACCAGGCAAUGUCAAAGCACUGUACAGGGCAGGAGUCGCCUGUUUGGAGAUGGGAGAUGCACAGGCCGCCAAACAGUACCUUGCCCAGGCUUGCAAAGCGCAACCGAAUGAUGCUAAUGUAAGGAAGCACCUGCAAAGGGCCGAGGAGAAACUGCAGAGGGAGAUCCAAAAAGAGAAGGCCUUGUAUCGGGGAAUGUUUUCCUCCAGAGAACAGGUUAACCAAACCAAUGGAGAUUAGCCUGCCGGCUCACUGCACCAAACUGAAGCCUCAGCCCGAGAAAGACUGCUUUCAACUGAGUCAACCGAGCAAUCACAUACAUUCAACACGUCAUGAAUGUUACGGCGUCUCCUAUGCAUUUAUGAGCUGAACUUGGCAGCAUAUGGUUUGCAUGUUAUAAAGGAUACUGCAACAGUCAGAGGGGAGGUAAAGAUGUUGCUGCUGAAAAUAGAGACAGUACAGAUCUUAGUUUCCUAGCAACGUGGACACAGGACUCGCACACUACUCCGACUCCUGAUAAUGCUUCUGUGAUUGCAGUUGUCUGUGGUGUGAGUAUUGAUUUCCUGAAUUUUCAAGUAAAAUAUUUUUUUAUAAAUCA